AUGGACAAGGGUGAGGAUCCAUAUGAAAUUUUGGGUGUCGAGCAUGACGCGGACGAAGGCAAAAUCAAGAAAGCGUAUUUCAAGCUUGCUCGAACACACCAUCCCGAUAAGCAAACGACCGAUGAAGAUAGAGAAAAGGCGACGCAUGUAUUUGCCAAGAUUGCAGAUGCCUACGAAUUGCUGAACGAUCCCGUCCGGCGGUAUGAUUGGAGACAAAAAUAUGAAUCCCAACAAAGUGUCAAAAGUCAACCACAAACACAAACCUAUCAACAAACGAACCCUACAAAUUACAAUCGACCAAGUGGUGCAGGAAUGUCUAGAUCCACGUCAGGACCGUCCAUGAGAUCAAAACAACCACCUAGACAAACCUCAAUGGGUGGUGGAAGAGGACGACAAAAUUCCAUGUUUUCGAAUGCACCACCCAUGCAGGCACCGCAAGGUGGUGGGAGGGCGUCCCAGAGAGCACCAAACAUGCAAGGAAGAGGAGGGCCACCACCACCAGGUAGAGGCAGAGGACCGCCACCAGGUCGAGGGUAUGGUUCCAAUUGGGGAGCAGGGCCGACGAAAUUAGAUUGGAACGCGGGACGGGGACGAGGUGGACCAGGUCGAGGACCACCACCAGGUAGAGGAAGAGGUCCACCGCCAGGAGGAAGAGGUUAUGGCCCAGGGCGAGGCCGUGGUGGUCCACCACAGUCACCACUACCUCAAGGCUGGAUGCGAAAUAAUGGUCCACAACCACCACCGCCGCCGCCGCCUCAAGGUUGGGCAAGAAACAAUAGCCCACAACCUCCUCCACCGCCACAGCAAGGUUGGGCAAGAAACAAUAGUCCACAACCUCCUCCGCCGCCACAGCAAGGCUGGGCGAGAAAUAAUCCUAUAAACACAGCGCCGCAAAUGAAUCGAAAGCAACCAGCGGGACGACCCAAUAUGCAGCGAAUGAAUAGUAUGAGACAAUCCAGUGCUACCAAACAGCGCGAGAUGAGUCGGAAUUCAGGUGGAGCGUCGCCUCGACCGGGCAUGGCGCGGACCAACAGCAUGCUCCGAAAAUCAAAGGCGCAAACAAAUGAACGAACAUCGGGACAAUCGACAAAUCAGGACCGUUCCACAGAAGAAGAUGAUUGGCUCAACGGAGGAUCGUCAACGCCAGUGUCACAGUCCAAGAAAAAAUCUAGCAAAGGCACAAAUAAGCCAUCCAAGGAUGACGAAAAUGACGAAGAGCCAGAAGCAAGUAUGUUUGAUGUGUUACCAUCAAUGGAUGCGUUGCCAUCUCUUGCGACCAUGACUGGUGUGAAACCAGCUACGAAAAUGACGAAAAAACUAUUCCGUAAAUUGACUGGAAAACCAAAGAAACCCAAAAAGAAAGUCAGCGAAGUGUCGGAAGAGGAAUCGGAAGAGGAACCAAACGAAGAAAUUGAGUCAGAGCCAGAAGAACCAGAAGAUGAACUUGAGUCAGACCCAGAGCCAGAGAGCUCGCCCACUCCUGAAAAGAAAGUUAGAAAGAGAAGCAAGUCUGCUGGUCGCAAAAAGAAAAAAGACGAUGAAUCUGAUGACGAUGAAUCCGAUGACGACGACUUCAAAGAGGAAGAAGCAGCAGCUAAACCAAGAAGUACUUCUGUUGGUCAGAAAAAGAAGAAGAAGACAAAGGACGAAGAAUCUGAUGAAGAAUCCGAAGAGGAGCCAGCAGAAGAUCAUGAGAGCUCCUCUUCUCCUGUCCCGUCGACAAAGAAGAGAAGCAAGAAGAAAGCAAAUGAACCCGUGGAAGAGACAGAUAAAGAGCUAGACGUGGAUGAAAAGGCGACGAAACCAAGAAGUGGUUCGGUUGGUCGAAAAAAGAAGAAGAAAGCCAAACAAUCCACGGAAGAGCAAGAGGAUCAACCAGCUGAGGGAAAGAAAGCUAUGAAACGAAGCACCUCGGUGAGCCGAAGAAAGAAGAAAUCUAAAGAGUCCACGGACUCGGAAGACGAAUCGAUAGAAAAAGUACCGACAGCGGGGGAUCGCUCGGCUUCUCGUGAAGGGCGGGCACGAAGUAGAAGCAAGUCAGUUGGCCGAAAGAAGAAGAAGAAAGAAAAAAAAGACAACGAUGAAGAGCCAGAAGAAGAGUCAGAGCCAACUAGAAAGAGAAGCAAAUCAGCAGGUAAAAAGAAGAAGAAGAAAACGAAAGACACUGAUGAAGAAUCAGAAGAUGAUCCAUCGGUUCCAUUUAGCGAUUUUUCUGUCGAAAAGCAAGCUACUAGAAACCGAAGCGAGUCGGGUGACAGAAAGAAAAAGAAGAAGAAGAAGUUACCGGAAGACUCUAAUGAAAAGCCUGAGCCAAAGGCUCCGUCUCGAGGGAGAUCUUUUACAGUCAGGCCACGACAGGAGCCAGUCAAAUCCAUUGACGACAUUGACGAAGGACCAGAACCAAGUUCCAUGGACGACAUUGACGAAGGGCCUGAACCAGGUUCCAUGGACGACAUUGACGAAGGACCAGAGCCAGGUUCAAUGGAUGACAUUGACGACAUUGACGAAGGACCAGAGCCAGGUUCCAUGGACGACAUUGACGAAGGGCCUGAACCAGGUUCUAUGGACGACAUUGACGAAGGGCCAGAGCCAGGUUCCAUGGAUGGCAUUGACAAAGGACCAGAACCAACAAUUGUCUUGCAACCUGGAACAGUGGAACCGGGUUCCAUGGACGACAUUGAUGAAGAGCCAGAACCAACGAUUGUCUUACAAUCUUCAACUGUAGAGCCAAAGUCUAUUGACGACAUUGACGACAUUGACGAAGGGCCAGAACCAACAAUUGUCUUGGAACCUGGAACUGUGGAGCCGGAAUCCAUCGAUGACAUUGAUGAAGAGCCAGAACCAACAAUUGUCUUACAACCUUCAACUUUGGAGCCAAAUGCCAUUGACGACAUUGAAGACAUUGACGAAGGGCCAGAUCCAACAGUUGUCGUACAGCCUGCAACUGUAGAGCCAAAUUCUAUUGACGACAUUGAUGACAUUGAUGAAGAGCCAGAACCAACAAUUAUCUUGCAACCUGCAACUGUGGAACUAAAUUCGAUUGACGACAAUGAUGACAUUGAUGAAGAGCGAGAACCAACGAUUGUCUUACAACCUUCAACUUUGGAGCAAGAAGCGAUCGACGAGAUUGACGAAGAGCCAGAACGCACGAGUUUCUUACAACCUUCAGUGGGUGAUCCAGAAUCUACUGACGAAAUGAAUGACAUUGACGAAGAGCCAGAGCCAACAAAUGUGGAGUCAGAAUCUACUGAUCAUAUUGACGAAGAGCCAGAAGCAACAAUUGUCUUGCAACCUGCAACUGUGGAACCAGUCGAAGCAGACGCUUCCUCUGAUUCCGAGGGACAGAAUUCACCUGACGAAUCCAGCGAUGAUGAGCCAGAACCAAGGAACCCAUUACAAGAUGCAAUUGAGCAGCCCGCCAAGAGAGACGGUUCCUCUACUUCUGACGAACCGGAGAAAACAACCGAAGAGUCGAAUGACAGCAAGGAGGAGCCAGCGCCGAAGGUUUCGACCCACUCAAAGGAUAGCGAAGAGAUCCUAUCUCCUGCAAUUGUCAAUCCAACGAAAUCAGAGGAAGCUGAAAGUACCACAAUUAUCUCAAGCAAACAAGCAGAGGAAGUAGCGCUGGAGUGUUUUUCGACACAAUCAAACGACACCAAAGAACCUACAGCCCGACAAGGUGACCCGGUGGUCCGUCAAUCUAGCGGUGCAAGAGCGGAAAAGAGUCCGAAAAGAGACAGUAGCCGUUCUAGAAGUCCUUAUCGCAAACAAAAAUCUGAGCCGAAGAAGCAGCUGGACGAAUCAUCCUCUCAUUCAAGUGAUAGUGACAAUGGUGGCAUUCCCACAACGCUAAGAGAAACCAAGUCAUUGGGUAAUCAUGUCAGAGGUGCAAGGUCAAGUCACUCGCGGUCACCCACAAGAAAAUCUACUGGUUCGACUCCCAAGCUGAUCCCCAGAAGCAGCAGCCGCUCCAAAAGUCCGCAUCGAAACCUCAAGAGUCGGCCAGAACCAUCACUGGUCGUGUCAUCAUCGCGUGCCGGUGAUGGCGACAAGUUUGUUGCUGUCAAACCGCCCAGCUCGUUGGGCCGCCAAACUAGUAGUACAAGUGAUGCUUCGCGAAGUGCGGCGAGACGUAGUCCCAAAACCACUCGUGGCAAGUCUGCGCCUCUGGAUGCCUCGACACAUUCCGUCGAUAGUGAGACCAGUCGACGAUCUGUAUCCGCUAAACGCCGCGCUGAUCUUCGUCGAAAACGAGGCCUCAAAGAAGCCAGCAAUCCGCAGCAAGCGCCGACCUAUCCCCCUGACGAGAAUCCAUUUGAAGUGCUUCAAUUGGAUCACAUGGUGGAUCGUAUCGAAAUCAUUCAGGCUUAUCGAAAACUCGCUCAAAAGUACCAUCCUUCAAAGCAACGAUCCGAAGAGGAAAAGGCAAAUGCUGCCAAGAAAAUGGAGCAAGUGACACGUGCCUACGAAGAAUUGCGGGACAACAAGCGUCGACAAGCUUGGCUUCUCAAAACUUUUGGGAGUGAUGCGGUGAAUCAGCAGAGUCGUUCAAAAAGGAGUGUCAAAAGUAAAUAG